AUUUCGAUAUCUUGGGUUUCGGUCGUCAAGACAACGACGCUCCCUUGUCACAUGACAGGGGGAGAGCGAAUCCUGCUCGGUCGCCAGGACAACCAACCCCCCCCGUCACAUGACAGGGGUGGGGGCAGACAGGGCGUGGCCCGGCUUCGCUUCGAUGACGACACGCAGCUGCAUCGGGAGAGAAAGAGAAGACUUGAGAAGCGGCGAGAUUUCAAAUUGAUUUAUUAGUUUUUAAAAAGCCUCCUCCUCUCCUCCUCCUCCUCCUCCUCCUCCUCUCUCUCGUUCUCUCCGUCAUGGCAGAAGCUCACCAGGCUGUGGCGUUCCAAUUCACUCUCACCCCCGAGGGAAUCGAUCUGCAGCUCAGCCACGAAGCUCUGAGACAAAUCUACCUGUCAGGACUGAGAUCCUGGAGGAAGAGGCUGACGAGAGUCAAGAACAGUGUGAUCACGGGGGUCUACCCCGCCAGCCCCUCCAGCUGGCUCUUCGUUGUCAUAGCGAUCCUGGCCACCAUGUACACAAGGAGCGACCCAUCGAUGGGACUGAUAGAGAAGAUACAGGAACACCUGCCAGCCAGUCUCUUCUCUUCUCAGGGUUUGGUUCGCUUGUUCUCUGGCAGGAAACCUCUCCUGUACAGCUACCAGUCCUGCCUCCCACACCUGCCAGUACCAGGCAUCCAGGACACCAUGAAGAGAUAUCUGGAGUCUGUCCGGCCCUUGCUGGAUGACUCUCAGUUCCAGCGCAUGUCGGCCCUGAGCAAGGACUUCGAGAGGGGCCUGGGGCCCAAGCUGCAGUGGUACCUGAGACUGAAAGCACUGUGGGCAGCCAACUACGUGAGUGACUGGUGGCUCUCUCUCUCUCUCUCUCUCUCUCAGGAUUUCCUGUAUGUUACUCCAACCCCCAUCGCCGCAGCGAGAGCAGGAAAUGCAAUCCACGCCUUUCUGCUGUACCGGAGAAAACUGAACAGAGAGGAGCUGAAACCAAGUAUGGUUCCCGGCACAAUCAUCCCUCUCUGUUCAGCUCAGUGGGAGCGAAUGUUCAACACCUGCAGAAUACCUGGAGAGGAGACAGACUCUCUCCAGCACUUCUCUGACAGUAAGCACGUGGCUGUGUUUCAUCGUGGUCGGUUCUGGAGAGUCUGGGUGUAUCACGGGGGCCGGCUCCUGUCGCCGCGGGAGAUCGAGACUCAGAUUCAACACAUCCUGGACGACGACAGUGACCCGCAGCCUGGGGAAGAGAAGCUGGCCGCACUGACCGCGGGAGAGAGGGUUCCCUGGGCGAAAGCUCGGAAGAGCUACUUCAGGUCAGGGCGGAAUCGCCAGUCCCUCGACAUCAUUGAAAAGGCUGCGUUCUUCGUCUCCCUCGACGACGGGGAGCAGGGCAUGCUGGGAGAGGAUCCGGGCAAGAGCCUGGACGCUUACGCCAAGUCACUGCUGCACGGGAACUGUGACGACAGGUGGUUUGAUAAGUCCUUCACGUUCGUUGUGUACAGCAAUGGCAAGAUUGGUUUGAAUGCUGAGCACUCCUGGGCUGACGCUCCUGUCGUUGCUCAUCUCUGGGAGUUUGUUUUGGCGGUGGACAGUUUCCAGCUGGGGUACAAUGAGGAGGGGCACUGCAAGGGUGCGGUCGACCCCUCCAUCCGCCCCCCCCAACGCCUGUCCUGGGACAUCCCCAAAGAGUGUCAGGAUGUGAUCUCUCGCUCUGUCUCGAUCCAUCUCUCGCCCUCUCUGAUCGCUCUGCAACUCGCUCACUACAGAGACAAAGGGAAGUUCUGUCUGACCUAUGAAGCGUCGAUGACUCGUUUGUUCAGGGAGGGGAGGACGGAGACGGUCCGGUCCUGCACCAGCGAGUCCUGCGCCUUCGUCAGAGCGUUGGAGAGCCAUGAAACUGAGGGGGCGGAGCUCCUGCGACUGUUCCGAUUGGCUGCAGAGCGGCAUCAGCAGCUGUACCGGCUGGCUAUGACUGGCAGCGGGAUUGACCGGCAUCUCUUCUGUCUGUACGUGGUGUCAAAAUACCUGGGAGAGGAAUCGCCCUUCCUGAGAGAGGUCCUCUCUGAGCCGUGGCGUCUCUCUACCAGUCAGACUCCAGUCCAGCAAGUGGAGCUGUUCGAUCUCGUGAACCAUCCCGACUACAUCUCCUGUGGGGGGGGCUUCGGACCUGUAGCGGAUGAUGGCUACGGUGUUUCCUACAUAAUUGUUGGAGAGAAUCUCAUGAACUUCCACGUGUCGUCCAAGAUCUCCAGCCCUGAGACUGACUCUCAUCGGUUUGGUUCUCAUAUUCGUCAGUCUCUGCUCGAUCUCGUCUCUCUCUUCAAACCCGAGGGAAGCUCCAAGAAACAGCUGUGAGGACCCCGGCCGUCCCUCUCGCUGCCUGAACAGAGAGAGAGGACCGAGGAAGAGGAAGGGGAGGAAGGAUUCGUGUACUCAGAGUUCUCUCUCUCUCAGCGUUUUGUCUGUGGCAAAGUGAAGAAGUUUGUCUGUCUGUGUGUGUCUGUUUUUUCUCU